AUGAGAUCUACUACCAGCAAGAGGGUUAGUGACGCUGCAAUUAAGCGCCAGAAAAAGAAGUCUGUCGCCUAUCUUGAACAACUGGCAGCAGAAAAUGAACGUCUGCGUGAGCAACUGUCACAGUCACCGGCAUUGUCGACGCCGAGAGGCCAUAAAGACCAAGAAGCCCCAGCAUCAGACUCCGACAUACAUGUACAGAACCCCAUGCUUGGCGAAAAAGCUUGGUUUCAGCCAUAUGAUCCUUCGGCGCCGCCUAUUUACAUUGGCGAGGCAGCAUGUACAGCAUUCGCCACUCGACUUCGCCAAGUCCUCAGCAGGGAGAACAAGACAUCUCACAUGACUCGAACGCAAUACACGGAUGAUACGACCUUGAUGAAGCUUCGCAGUCAAAUACCUCAAUGGCCUAGUCUUGCACAAGCUCGAUUGCUCAUCCAAGUCGUCUUUAACCAAGUGAGCAGAGUGUACCAUCUGGUCCUACGCAAAUCGACAAUGGAAGAACUCGAAGACACAUAUCGGAGAGGAAAUUUCGAUGAUCCAAUUCUAACUUGCAAAUUCUUUGCUUUAUUUGCGUUAGGUGAAGUGUAUUCGGCAAGAACAAACACAGAGAUGGAGUGUGGUGUCCCCGGUGCAGCAUUUUAUGUGCAUGCCAUGAUGCUAAUUCCUAUUCUACCGGAGCGACCCAGCCUUGCGCAUAUUGAGUCACUUUUACUACUGUCUCUAUAUUCAUAUUUUCUAAAUCGUCGACACUCGGCCUUCUUUUUGGUCGGAAGUGCCAUGCGCGUGGCGUUGACACUUGGAUUGCACCACGAUAUCCCGGAAUGUCAAUGCGCUGAUCCGGUAGACCGGCAACACAGAAUUCGUCUAUGGUGGGCCAUCUAUGUCUACGACCGCAUGUAUGGAUCUAAAGCAGGUUGGCCAAUCCAAAUUUCAGAUGAUGAUAUUCAUGUCGAGAUGCCAUCAACUGUGCCUGGGCCAAUUCACGAUGAAGAGUUUUCUGAUACCGAUUUUCUGGUUGCUAGUAUCGAUCUCGCAAGAAUAACUGGACAAGCAAUUGAGAAAUUAUACAGUCGCAAAAGGCAUCCGGAUUCAUUUUUGCAGCGAGAACAAAAACUGUUGAUUGCCCUGAAGCAGUGGUCGCAGUCUUUACCCCAUCACAUCCGACUUAACCAAGAUAGAUCACUUCCGAAGAAUGUGAUCUCAUUACAUCUCCAGUUUAACCAGUGUAUUAUGCUGGCGACACGUCCCAUUUUACUUUACCGUCUGAUGCAAUCGAGAGAGCCCGGUAAUGAGGACGACAAAGAUACCGCAGACGCAAGCUCUCAAGCCCUUAAGACAUUAAGUGAUGCGUGUAUUCAUGCUGCAAGGCACACACACUCGCUGAUCGUCGACGAAUGGAUCAACGGAACAUUGCCGAUCUUUGGAUAUUUCUAUGCACACUACCUAUUCUCUAGUGCGCUCAUAAUGGUGAUCUCCAGCCAGCUUCACAGUGAAAACUACAAUGACUUCACACUAUUCGAAACUGCUUUUGAAAUCCUCCGCGCCAUGAGCAACCACGGAAACCUAGCAGCAUCCGAAUUCUAUGACAAUCUGGAAUGUGUACAAAAAUGUUUAAAUCAGAAGCAUGGUUCAUCAAAUCGCCACUUACUCUCCAAUCAUGUCGAUUAUCGUCAAUCCGACCCGCAUCUUACCGAAUAUGCACGGGGCACCAGCGUCGAGGGAGCGUCAGGCCACCAUCCGGCGCUGCCCGAGCCCACGGCACCGGGCAACCUGACAGAUGAAAUGGAUUUCUUGGGCGCAAGUAUGGAAGAAUUUCUUGCGCACCCUGAUGUUGACUUUGGGCCGCUGGACCCUUCGGGGGAGCCGAUUAAUGUGGCUGAUGCGAUGUACUCGUGGCCAAAUUUCUCGCUGUGGACUGCAUGA